AUGGCCUCCACCAGCAUCGGCGCCACAGGCGCACCCGCCAACGCCCCCGGCGAGCAACACGAAGUCCGCCAAACCACGACGACCGAAGACAUGAAACCCAACCCAUCUCAAUCGCUUCCCCUCUCUGCGGCCCGCCAAGCUCUCGUCGACGAUAUCAUUGCCCUCUACUCGUGCGAGCCCACGAUCAAGCGUGUGGAACGAUAUACGCCGGAUUGCGUCUAUGAUGAUCAAUUCGUGUAUGCGAAUGAUCGAUAUAAAAUGGCGGGGCAGUGGUUUGCUUUGCCGAAGUUGUUCAAGGAGUCGAGGAAUGAGGGGUAUGAAGUUAUUAAGAAUGAGGAUAAUUUGAUUCAAUUUAAGAAUGAACAAAGCUGGACGUUCAAAAUCAUCCCCAAGACUGCCACGAUCAACGCUCUGGUUUCCCUGUCUUUGGAGCCAGGAAGUGAAGAGACGGGGUUUGUGAGGGUCAAGUAUCAUAAAGAUCAAGCCAACGAUAAGGAUUACAGUCAUGAGGGCUUGGGAUUCUCGUUUAAAAAGUGGCAAGCCGAUCAGGUUGCAAAGCAUAUGAAUGCCGAGGAAGUCAAAUAUUUUGAAAAGGACAAGGUUGCGGGUAAGGAGCCUGUGAGAAAAUAUGGUUCGGGAGAUGUUGAUGGCAGUGCGCCGAAGAAGGAUUUGUAG